AUGCAUUGUAUAACUCAAUUUAUUACAAACUAAUUCCAUUACUAUAAAGUCAGAUAAUGGAUACUGUCAGUAAGUUGUUAAUAUUUUUUUACAUUUUCUAAAUAUAAGAUUUCAUUUUAAUUUUUAAACAGAAUUUAUAUUUUGAAUUAAUUAAUUUUUUUCAGAAUAUCUGUGAAGAGGGAAAAAACAUGGAAAAUAAACAUAUUUGUGAGACACCUAUGAGAAAUAAUGUUACAAAUUUAGAAAGUACUCCAAUUUCCAAUGGAAAAAUGAUUUGCUCAAAUAAUUUAAGUACUUUUAUAAGAUUUCAUAACGAAUUAAAAAAACUGGAAAGUGUUACUGAGGAAAUGGAAGAAAGUGUCAAAACUAUUCCUGAUUUAAAAAAUUUGCAAAUUAAAAAACCUUCUAUUGAUCUUAACAGUUAUUCUUCUUCCAAAGAAUCAAAUUCAAUAACAAAUCCCAAAGAAAUUUCAUCAUUCAAAGAUGCCAAUGAUGAAUAUACGUUUAAGAAUUUAACAAUAAUCCAAACAUUACCUUCUCAGUCUCCAUCUUUGUGUGUGGAUGGCUCUGUCAAAUUUGAUCAGAGUAUUGAAGUGGAAUUUCAAAAGAUCAUUCAACAAUUAGAAAACAUUCUUAACUACAGUUCUGCCUUAUGGUCAGGUGAUACCACUUCUAAUUUUAGGAAGAAAUUAAUUAAUGCAUUGAAUCAAGUUGAAGAUGUAAUUGAAGAGUUUCCAAUCAUUGAAGAAACUAAGUUGUAGUCUCUAAAUCUUUUUAAUUUAGUUUUAUUCUUUAUAACUUUUAAAAGUUGUUAAUAGUACUUAAAAAUAUCAUUCUAUAGAGCAGGAAUUCUCAAAAUGUAGCUGGAAAACAAAAUUCAAUUGACUAUAAUUUUUACCUAAAAUCAAAAUGACAUACUAAGACAUUCCAUUUUUGACUUUACAGAAAACAAAAUAUUUUAAGCAUUUAAAACUGAUAUUUAAACUUUAAAAAAUGAUGUACUUCUAAAGUGCUGAUAAAAUUUUAAUUUGAAAUGAUUUACAAAUAGAUGAUCUUUGAGAAUCUGUAUUCUAUACAAUGAAUUGUUAUAUAUUUUACAUAUCGAAAAAUUAAAAAAUAUAUAUAUUUACUUAAUUCUGAUGUUUGGGAAUUUUCUCUAGAAUUAGAAUAGCACAUUGAGAAAUAUUCUCAAUUUAUAUACUGUGAUUCUGUCUAUCCACUUUGCAUGAUCACAUCACUGUCACCUGAUGAUUCAUAGAAUAAUGCAUUGCUGCCUAUGUGCCUACACACUUCAUGUGAAAUCAAAGGCAAUUUGUAACGAUUUAUGGAAAUUUUUUUUAAAUGUUGGCGAAACUUUAUUUUAAAUUGAAAGUUUUAUAUUUUUCAAUUUAAUGUUUUUAAUCUAAUAUUUGCUAUUUUUUGCAAUUUCCAUACCAUGUUGUAUGUAGUGCUAUGAAUUGAUGAGUAGAAUUAUGAUAUUAUGGAUGCUGCAUGUUGAUUGGGUGUGACAGAAUUGCCACAGGAAAAUAUACAUUGACCCAGUACUCUGUCAUCAAAGUAUUUGAAGACAAUUUUAAAUGCACAAUUUAUAUUUGAACAAUUAAACUAUAAUCUUUAAAUCUUGCUGAAAACCAAAUCAAUGAUGUAAAAAUGUUCUGUAAAACUGACAAUGCAACAUUCAAACAAAUACACUAAAACACUUUUGUAUUUACUUUUAAAUUUUUUAUUGUGUAUUAUUGGAAAUGCCUGCAAUAUUUAUGGAACACAUUGAUUGUAUCAAGUCAAAAUAAGAUGCAUAUUUUAGACCAAAUUGCUAUAGAAUUGUGGAUAUAGGUGUGUGUGUAUAUACAUAUAUACAGUAUAUAGAAUUAUAUGUGUAUAUGUUUUUUGAGACAUACUGUAUGUAAUGAGUUUGUUCUAGUUUUUAAAUGAAAUUAAUCAUGAUCUGAAAUUGGCUUAAAUUUUUUAGCUCUAAAGCUGAAAAGUCAGUUCCAAAUUAAGAAAACUUUGUAAAUUCUAAAUGUAAAGAAUUUGUAGAGCUGUACAUAUACUUUAUAGUCUUCAGAUUUCAAUUUAAUAUAGAAUUCUCACAAUAAUUUCUUUAGGAUUUAAAAUUCUUAUAAAUUUUGCAACCUAUUGACAGUUUAUCUAAUUAUAGUAUGUAAUGGCAUAAAAACUUAUGCUCUAGAAAGAACUUUUAUUUCAAAAGCUCUUACAUUAUCAAUUUACAUUCAACAAACAGGACAACUUGCUUGAAUAAAAAUUAUAAUAAAAACAUAGCAAUGAAAUGAUUUCAGAUGCAAUAAU